AUGGCCACAGAGAGCUCUGUAGGAAAGCUUGAAGAUGAAGUCACUUGUUCCAUCUGUUUGGAGUAUUUCAAAGACCCGGUGUCUAUACACUGCGGGCACAACUUCUGCCAAGCCUGCAUCAACCAGUGCUGGGGGAGAUCGGAGACAAACUUCUCCUGCCCUCAGUGCAGAGAAACCACCCAGCAGAGAAACUGCAAGCCCAACAGGGAGCUGGGGCAUAUUGCAGAAAUAGCCAAGCAGCUGAGCUUGCGGGUGGCAGCUGGAGAGGAGGGGAGAGUGUGUGACCUGUAUGAGGAGGAUUUGAAAUUCUUCUGUGAAGAGGAUCAAAAGCUAAUAGGUUUGAUCUACAGGGACCGUGAAGCUCACAAGUCUCAGCCUGUGGGUCCCACACCAGAGGCUGCUGCUAGGAAUUACAAGGUUAAAUUAUUGCUGUCUGUCCUCUUGCUACAGCUGCCACUGCUGCUGUUGCUACUCCAGUGGAAUGUGGGUUUUGAGCGAGCAAUUCAGACUCGUAUGAAGGCUCUGACGAAGGAAAGCAUGUUGCUUCUGGAAUCUAAACUGACUGAAGAGAGGAAAAGCAAAGAGGCUCUGGAAAAGACAAACGUCGAGCGGCAGAAGAUUGUGGCUGAAUUUGAGCAGCUGCGGCAGUUUCUGGAGGAACAGGAGCGGCUCCUGCUGGCCCAACUGGAAGAGCUGGACAAGGAGAUUGUGAAGAGGCAAAAUGCGAAUGGGGCUAAAUUCUCAGAGGACAUUUCAUUUCUCUAUGACCUGCUUGAUGAGACAGAGAAGUAUCAGCAGCCAACGGCUAAUUUCCUACAGGAUUUCAUAAGCAUCUCAAACAGGUGGGAGAAGUGGAAGUCCCAGCAGCCAGUGGAGAUUUCUUCUGGGCUGGAAGAGGGAAUCCAUAUUUUCAUGAAGAAAUAUACCGUUCUAAAGAAGACUCUCCAGAAAUUCAAAGACACUCUGUCAUCUGAACUGGAAAGAGAAUGGGCAAAUGUGACUCUGGAUCCAGACACGGCUCAUGAGCUGCUCACCCUUUCUGAGGAUGGGAAAACCGUGAGCUGGGGUGGCUGGCACGUUCUGCCCCACAAUCCCAAGCGAUUUAAUUUGGCUCCCUGUGUGCUGGGCUGUGAAGGAUUCAUCUCGGGGAGACAUUACUGGGAGGUGGAGGUGGGGGAUGGGGGCGACUGGUGGGCUGUGGGGGUGGCCAGAGAGUCUGUGAGAAGAGAAGAAUGGAUCAGAUGUGACCCUGAGGAGGGGAUCUGGGCUCUGUCCCUUCACACGAAUCAGGACUUCGCUUUCACCUGCCCUCUGACCCUGAGCUGGAGUCCCAAGAAGAUCCGGGUUUCUCUGGAUCAUGAAGGGGGCCAGGUGGCAUUUUUUGAUGCCAAUAGCUGGGCCUCAAUCUUCACUUUCCCGCUGGCCUCUUUUGCUGGGGAGAGAAUCUUCCCGUUCUUCUGGGUCCAUGGCGACGAUUCCCAGCUCAGACUGUACCCAUGA